GGAGGUCUAUAAAAGGACGAAGACACAAGCACGAGGAUUAGUCUUCAGAGAAAGAGGGAGACUCCUCUCAAGCUUCCGGAGCUGAGAUCCCAUCAUGUGGGGUACCAAGCUCUGCGUUUUGCUGCUUCUGGGCACGCACACACUCGCCCAGCAAGAUGAAGAACAGUCUCCAGGUUGCUUUUUGGCCAAAAGAUUCAAGAACUUGAGACGUUUUGUGUACAACUAUGAAGCUGAGACCUUAAACGGUGUAAAUGGAGCCUCAGACGACAAGAGCGGUCCAAAAGUCUCCUGCACAGUUGAAGUUGACGUGCCCCAGAUGUGUAGCUUCAUUCUCCGCACUACGGACUGCUCUGUGAGUGAGAUCUCUGGUGUGGAUGAUGACGGGACCCCAAAAUACCGUCCUGCUGCUGGAAGCGAGGCUUUCAAAGCUGCAAUGGCCAAGAAUCCUUUGAAGCUUUCAGUGGAAGGAAAGGCUGAAGUCAAGCUGUUUCCCGAGGAUGAUGAAUCCACCAACAUCUUGAACAUCAAGAGGGGAAUCAUCUCUGCUCUAAUGGUGCCUGACCUGGACAUGGAGGAGAACAAGGAAAUGCCCACUGUCCACGGAGUGUGCUCCACUGAGUUUUCCAUCAACUUCAGAGAAGACAUUGCUGUGGAUGUGACCGUCAGCAGGGAUCUGUCCAAAUGUAACCGCUUUGUUGCUCGCAGACAGGACACCAGUCCUCUGGCCCUCAUCUCUGGCAUGAACUACCCUCUGUCCAAGAUGAUUAGCAGCACUCAGGUCUGUAACUACAAGUUUGACAACCAGAAGAAGCACAUGACCAGUGGAUCCUGCACAGAGAAGCACAUCUUCCUCCCCUUCUCCCAUAGGAACGAAUAUGGGAUUUCAACUGUUGUGAGGCAGACUGUGACCCUGAGAGAGACUUCUGUGAUCAAUGACAGAAUUUUCAACCACAAUGAAGCCAACCUGAAGCACCUCCCCAUGGAUGUUGCUGAUGACAAGCUGCCAGUGCAAAGCAAGGAUGCUGUUGUAGCCAUGCUGCAGAAGCUUAGCACUCUCUCAGAGACCUCUGUGGGCGAGGAGCGUGCUGGCCUCUUCCGCAAGCUGGUGUCUGAGCUCCGUGGCCUGAAAUCCGACGUCCUGACCGUCAUUGCUGAAGAGAUGCUGGACAUUGACAGCCUUCUGACAUGGCAAGCUCUGGCUCAGUGCGGUACCCCGGAAUGCACCAGUGGCAUUCUGAAGAUCCUCCGGGGUUUUGACCACGAGGCAACGGAUGUCGACGUCUUCGUCUACGGUUUGGGAAUGCUAUCAAACCCCUCUCGUCUGCUGGUGAAAGACUUACUGGAAAUGGCUCAAUACAAGCAGAGCAAACCAAUCAUGUAUGCUCUGAGCAAUGCAGUUAGGAGACUGUACAGAUUUGAGGGCGUCACUCCAGAGAUCACAGCUGUCUAUGAGUUCAUGGCAUCCCUGCUGGGUACUGACUGCGCAGGAGAGAAAGAGCUGACCUUCCUGACCCUUAGGGUUGUUGGAAACAUGGGAGAUGCAAUGGAGGCUGCUGACCCAGCUAUUAAGAACACCCUGAUCAAGUGCAUGAGACAACCUGCGACCACUUUGUCUGUGCAGCUGGCUGCCAUCCAGACCUUCAGGCGCAUGUCUGUGACAGAUGAGGUUCGCACCAAUCUCCAAAAAGUCAGCCAGUACCAGAAGGGCGCUGUGCAGAAGCGCCUUGCAGCCUACCUCAUUCUGAUGAAGGAUCCCCAGGACAGUGACUUUGAGAUGGUGAAGAACUUUCUCAGUCAGGAACAGAACGUGCAGGUCAAGGCUUUUGUGUCCUCUCACGUCUACAACAUCAUUUCCUCCACUGACUCAGAAACCAAAAAACUUGGUCAGAAGAUAAUGGCCGUCCUGCAGGACACUGAAGUGGCCACACAUGACUACUACACCACCAAGUCUCGCAACUACAAGCUCGGUGUGGCAUAUGAGAACAGCCAGGCCGACAUUCAGGGCAAUGUCAUUUUUGAUCCCAGCAACCAGCUGCCAAAAGAAGUCCUGCUGGAAAUGACCCUGAAGGCUUUUGGCUACAGCAUGGAUAUUUGGGAGGUUGGCAUGGAAGGAAAAGGCUUCAACCCGACUAUCGAGGCUUUGUUUGGACAGGACGGUUUCUUCCCUGAUACAGUGUCUAAAACUCUGUACUGGGCUGAGGACAAGAUGUCACCAAAGAUCAAAGAAUUUCUGAAAAACUGGGUUGUUCAACGGAAACCUGGACACCAAAAGGUUCCUGAAAACCUGGUGGAGGAAAUUGUCCGUAGCUUCAAUAACCUGCUGAAAGAUCUGCAGGGGAAGGAGUCCCCAGAGGCCAUGGCUUACCUGAGAAUCAUGGGAGCUGAACUUGGUUACAUCAAGGGCAGUGAUCUGAGGUUCAUCGUUGAAAACGCUAUCGUGAACGCCAAUGCUUUCAUGCGUCAUGCUAAGUUUUCCAUCAACAGCAUGCCGAGCACUGACAAUGAGAUGUUCCUGCACUACAUCUUCAUGGACAACAAGUUCAUCUUGCCGACAGCAUCUGGUCUUCCAAUGACAUUUGCUCUGUCUGGUACUUUUGCUCCUGGUGCAAAAGGAGGCAUUCAGAUUUCUCCAAACAUGGAGCUGAUCUUCAGUCCAUCUGUUGGAGUUGAGUUCAUGACCAAGAUGGGUGUCCACAUGCCCGAGUUUGUCGUUUCGGCCGUUGAGAUGCAAACCAACUUGUUCCACGAAAGCUCCCUUGAGGCCAGGAUCACCAUGGAGCAGAACCAGGUUAAGCUUUCUAUCCCUGCUCCAAAGAAAACCACAAAACUCUUCAGGAUCAGCAACAAAUUGGAGAUUGUAGGUGCUGAACAAUCUAGAAUGAUCCCACACACAGUGAGCAGGUCGAACUGCAGUCCUCUUUUCUCUGGAAUGAAAUACUGCACCACCAUGCUUUACACAGAAGCUCCAGACAGGACCAAUUCUCCAUACUUCCCCUUAACCGGAGAAACAAUGUUUUCUUUUGACAUUGAACCCACUAACAAAAUCUCAGAGUACACGGCCUCCAUCGCCUACAAGCUCCUCAGCGAAGGCAAGGACGGUCGUCAGAAGGUCGAUUCUUUGAAGAUGGUCCUCAGGGCUGAGGGCGCUCAGCCCACAGAGGCUACAGCCACCAUGAAAUACAACAGGAACAGAAACGUCUUGACUACUCAGAUCCAGAUUCCUGAUGUUGAUAUUGAGGCGGGAAUGAAGAUCGGCAUGACAGACAGCAGUUCAAAGGGCAAAUCCAUCUUUCUUGAGUUCUCCAACAAGAACAUGCCACAGCUGUCUCUGAUUGGCCGCGCCAAGCUUCAGGCCAUGAAUGAUGGGAUGCUGCAGGUCCAGCUCUUGGUGCCGUCCCUCAGGACUGAUGCCACUCUCAGCGCCACAAUGACCAAAGCUGAUGGAGUCACCUUGCAGAUCAAGAGUGAUGUGAAACUCCCAGAGAUCUCCUCCAUUCAGGCAGUCACUUUCAAAUAUGGUGAAGAGCAGGCAGAGGUUCACGUGACGUCCAACGUGAAUGCUGACACUAAGGUGCCAGUGCACUACACCAAAGCUCUGCAGGCACAACUUGGGCAGAUUGCGAACGAAGUCAUGGACAAGCAGGUUGUGAAGACAGACAUGAAACUACGGCACAUUCUCAACAAGGGCAUGGAAGCCUGCAACAUCUGGAUUGAGAAGCUCUCUGCUGAUGUUCCUUAUGUUAACAAAAUGAGGGACUAUGUUGAAACGAUGAAAAUGCCAUCAGUGCCUGAAAACGUAUUCAUGAAUCUUGAAAGCACACUCAGAUACCAGUUCAACCAGAACAGCUUCACGAUGACCAUCCCUCUCCCUCUUGGUGGAAAAUCCUCAGAGGAGCUCAGGAUGCCCCCUGUCAUCACCUCUCCGCACAUUUCUGUGCCUCAGCUGGGACUGGACCUUGCCCCACAAAAGAUCAAAGUUCCACGUUUUACCAUCCCUUCUGAGUAUGAUCUCACCCUGCCUCUGAUGGGGCUGAUGGAGAUGUCUGCUAAGGUCAACAGCAACUAUUACGACUGGGAGGGGAUUAUUACCGCCGGCAAUAACACCAAAGAGUCUCCUGAAUACGUGGCCAAGUUCAGCAUGUUGGCUGAAAGUCCAAUCAAACUGCUCUCCUUCUCAGCUGAGGGAGGCACCAAGAUCACAGACACCGAAAGGGAAACAAUUGAAGUCACACUUGAUGGAUCCCUGAGGCACAUGCUCAUCAACACAGGUUUCAGUGUGCUGGAGAGCAUUUCUGUCACAGACAAUGUGCUGACAACAGGUCGCUACAACAUCUAUGCUACUGCUAAACCUGUGGGCCUGGACACCUCGUUGACAGUCACCACCCAGUACACCCUCGACUCAAACAUGCUCUUUGGCGACAUUAACACAGAUGGAAGUGUUACCAUUGGGUCCAUGGUUGCCACCACCACCUACCUCAACACCUUCUCUAUUGAACCAGCCAAGAAAGAAGCAAAAAUGGAGAGCACACUGAGGGUGAACUCUGAUGCAUUGAAGCUUGUAAACAAGAUGAAGACAUCUUAUGAAAAUGAUGAGUUCCUCUUUGAAUCAACCACCAAUAUGAACUGCGACCCCGUCAUGCACACCACUAAGAUUAAUCUUGGCUACAAGGAGGUCAAAUUCACCUUCCUGUCUGACUCUGUGACCAAGGCCUAUGAGAAGAUCAUUCGAAGCCAGAUGGAGUUCUCCACCUCUGGAGGACAGACUGCACUGAGAAUAGAGAACCAAGCUGAUGACACUCAGAACCGGGCAUACUCCUUGCUCACCGGAGCGAUCAAUCCCUCAGGCUUAGAGAUCAACGCCGAUGCCUCCGUGAAACUUUUUGCAAGCCUCACUUCCCACAAAGCAACCUUGUCAGUGACCACAAAUGGCUUGACCACCAGCUGUACAACAACUGCUCAGCACCGCUCAGUGAAGUUUGAGAAUAUUGUCCAUGGCGGAGUCGACGCCUCAGGUGCCACUUUGUCUCUCACAACAAAAGGAGCCAUUCAAGACAGCAAAGCAGAGUUCAAUGUUGAGGGAAAGCUUGCAAGCACAGAAGUGUAUUUCAACAGCAAGUACAUGGGUAACCUGUUUGACAUCAGCAGCAGGAACACCGUGAACCUCAGGCUGAAUGAAAAUGGCCUGGUCUUCUCCAAUAACAUGGCUGGAUCUUUCUAUGAGAUGAAAACUGAAAAUGCACAUUCACUGUCUCUUACUUUAAGAUCUUUUACCCUGCAAUCCAAAACCGACAACAUCCUCGACAGCAGCAACUCUUACAUGCAUGACAUCUCAGUCAACGUGGAUCACUUUACUGUCUCAGCUGCUGUGAAGAACGACCUGAAGGUGAUGGCAGUCAACUUUGUGAACAAUGCCCAGUUCAAGGCAGAACCUUAUAACGUGGAGCUGGCUGGAAAACUGAUGGGAGUCUAUUUGAACGAAGAGCUCGAGCACACUUAUGAAAUCAAGUUCCUUGACAUGAUUCUGUCUGCAAAGUGCAACACCAACGGAAAGCUCCUGGGAUCUCACAUGACGCACGCCACCGACAUGGAAGUCGCCGGUCUGACUGUGAAGUACAGCAACAUGGCAACUUUUAACUCACCGCUUCUUCGCCUGGACAGUACCGUCAAAAUGGACGGUGCACCUUUCACUCUCAACAUCGAUGCCAUCUUCAACUCAAAUGGUGAAGUGUUUCUGUAUGGGAAGCACAAUGGUGAGCUGUAUAGCAAAUACCUCAUGAAAGCUGAACCCACAAUGUUCACACAGUCAUUUGAGUACAGAACCUCAUCCAGCCAUGAAAUGUCAGGCAGGCCUACUAUCAGGACCAACAUGGACCACAAGUUUAACAGCAUGCUGAGCCUGCAUGAGCAAAGUGUCUUACUAAAGGUGGAAUCCACAGUAAAUGACCACACAUUUAAUGAAGAAAUGAGUGCCUAUAACAAUGCAGAAAGAAUGGGUAUUGAAAUGAAAGGAGCAGUCUCAACCCCCCUUUUCAGUGAGACCAGUCAAGACUAUGCCAUCUCUGGAUUUAUGAAGUAUGACAAGAACAGUAACAGCCACUUUCUCCAGAUCCCUUUUAUUGAGCACCUGCCUGCAGCAAUUGACAACAUAAAGACAAUGAUGAUGAAGCUGAUGAACCACAGCACUGAGAUGUUGAGAGACAUUGACGCCAAGUAUGAGAUUCGUGCCAGGUUUCAGGACAAAGUAGCAGAACUGAAAGAGGCCAUUGAUAAUUUUGACUUCAACCUUUUCAUUGAAGACAUUAAACAGUUCAUGACCUCUAUGGAAAAGCACAUCACCAAACUGACACGCCAGCUCCCAAUCGACAAAGUUGUUAAUCUGCUGAAGUAUAUCAAGGACACCAUCAGAGCUGCAAUGAAGAAGUAUAACAUCUCCAACAAGCUCAGUGCGAUUUAUAUCAAAAUUGAAGAAUUUCUCUCCAGCUAUGAGGUUGAGCAAAUAAUUGGGGCCUUCAUGGAUGAAAUUGUUAAAAUCAUGAAAGAAUAUCAGAUCAGGGAGAAGAUUCAGCACAUGUUUGAAGCUUUUAGAUCAAUCGACAUCCAGCCCUUACUGAACAAAGCUUUGGUGCCUGUCAAAGAGUGUCUGAAUGAGCUUUAUUCCUUUGACUUCAAACCACUGAUUGAUGACCUAAGAGAAUAUUUAAUGGUUGUGAUUGAGAAAAUUCAAUCCUAUGACUAUAAAACACUCACUAUGGAACUGAGGGAGAAUGUGGCAGAGAUGACCAAGAUUCCCUGUUUUGGAAAACUCUAUGGUGAAUUCAAACUUACUUCCCCUCAUUACAACCUGAAGACCACUGCUGACCUGGAAAACACCACAACUACAUCAGUCACACCAGAGUUCAAAGUAAAUCUGAAUUCACUGUCAAAAUCCACUUUGAAAGUCCUUGAUUUUACUGUUGAUGCCUCAGCACAUUUCGCUGUACCCAAAAUGAGACGACUGACCAUCUCUGAAAACGUUAAUGUGCUUCAGUCGUCCUUUACGCUUGACCACAAGGGAACCAUGGAUUUCUAUGGCUUCUCGGCUCAAGCUUCUGCUGAAACAACUGCAAAAGUAACAACUGAGCUCUAUGAUGGAGAACUUGUCAACAAUGCAUUCCUCGCCGUGGAAAAUGGUGUUUCUGCCACAACGGAGACUACCUACAAACAGGCCCUCAACAUGCCAGUCCUCAGCACAUUCAGCAAUGGGAUGAUGAAUCAAAAGACCGUCUUUGGCCUUGAAGAUGGCAUGAUUCGUCUCACAGUUAAAAACCUGGUCAACGGAAAAUAUGAAAUUCAGGACUUGUCAGAUGAAGCAACCCACACGAGUGGCAUCAGUGUGGAAAUGGACCUCCACACAGCCAAAGUAACUUUCACUGGAGAAACAAAUGGCAACCACUUAAAGAUGAAUCAAAAUGUCAUUGCUGACAUAUGCAUUUUCCGCCAUGUCAUCAUUGAUGCCAAGCUGGAGACUGAAACACCUUUCAUCAAGGGCAGUGUUGCAGAGGUCAAGUUCCAAGCUAAAGUCGAAGACAUGAAAAUUGAUCUCACUGCCUCUCACAAAGCAGACCUGGUCGGUCAGGUGGAAGGGAAACUCUCCAGCUCUGUCCUCGCUUUGAUGAAACCCACAGAGCUCAUGUUUGACAGCAAGAACAAGGGAAAUGCCAAAGUUUUUCUUCCAUUCAAGCUUUCUGGAAAAGUCGACCUCCAGAAUGACAUCACUUUCACUCUGAACUCCGAAGUGCACCAAGCAAGCUGGACAGGUCUGGCCAGAUUCAACCAGUACAAAUAUUCCCAUUUUUUCUCCAUGGACAAUGGUGAACGAGAAAUUAUUGUAAAUUCCCAAAUCACCGGGGAGGCUAAUCUUGAUGUGCUGAAGAAACCCAUCACUAUUCCCGAAAUGACUUUGCCAUUUGUUGACAUGAAGACACCAAGAGUAGAGGACUAUUCGCUGUGGGAAGACACUGGCCUGGGUUACCUCCUGACCACAACUCAGCAGACAUUUGACAUGAACUCCAAACUAAAGUACAUGAAAAACCCUGAGAUGAUCACUAUUAACAUUAAUUUGGAUCCAGUCAUUCACUCCAUUAAUACCAACACAAAGGCUCUGCAUAAGAAGGCCCUCAUUGGUAAGGAUAAGUUUGCAGCUAUUCUAGCUGCAUCUUAUGAUAAAGCAAAGGCAGAGUAUGACAAAUACAGCAUUGAGUUGCCAAAAACCAUUGUUGUUCCUGGCUACAAAGUUCCAGUCAUGAAUGUGGAGCUGUCUUCCUUCACAAUUCCCCUGCCUGAUGCCACUCUCAUCACAAUGCCUGCCCUGCACGUUCCAUCUGCCCUCAGUAAGCUGACAAUUCCAAAAAUCACCCUCCCCAAAAUUCAGAACAUCCAGAUUCCAGUAAUGGGGGAUUUGACCUAUGAGUUCUCUGUUAAAACAUCAAUGAUCACACUCAAAGCCGAUACCAGCAUCCUCAACCAGGAUGGUAUCAGUGUCAAACUAGAGGCCUCCUCUUUGUCUGAGUUCGAAAUUUUGAAUGGAAAGAUUGAAGGCAGCACCAAAGUGAACACAGUGGGUGAAUUUCAAAUGACAUCUCUUAUGUCUGUGAAGCAUUCCAUGCUAGAAGGAAAUCACCAGAGCACCAUUGUCUUGAGCUUUAAAAGUGUAGAUGCAUCAAUCACCAACUCCGCAAAGGUUAAUCUGCCUUCAAUGAGUAUGGAAAUCAAGCAGGAAAUGAAAGGAAAUCCAGCAGAAGGCUUGGUUGUCUCCAUGUCUGCUCCAUCUGCAGGACUCAUUGCUGUUCAAAUGCAGACGAUGCAGCCAGCACAAGUGAAAGCUAGACUCUACGGUCGCUACCCGUCGGAGCAAACGGACACUGAUAUCCUCGGUUUCAAGAUGUCUGUGGUUGAAUCCAAAAUGCUGAACGUUCAAACCACCUGGAAUAUGGAGAUGCCAUAUGAGAUGAUGCUGGGAAUGAAGAGACAGGUGCCUGCCGUAAUGGAAAUGGUUUCUGAUCCUGCAGCCAGAACAUACAACAAACUUAACAAGCACGUUAGAGGUCUCAAGGGUUCGUUUGAAAAGGCUAGAAGGCAGGGCAAAGCGAUGUUCAAGAAGGCUGUUGAGAGCUUAGCUGCAUAUCAUCCUUCUGAAGCUAUGACAGCUGUCACAGAUAAGACCAUUGUGAUCCUCAGAGAGUACCAAAAGCAAGUUAAACGUGUUCUUGAUGCUGUUGUCACAUUCCUGAAACAGACCAAGUUCCAGAUCCCCGGUUAUGAACAGAAGCUCUCUGGACUUGAAAUCUACCAGAAAUUGAGCGCUUUUGUUGCUGACUUCUCUGAGGAGGCUGUUGAAAAGAUACCAAAGUACUUCACCUCUGUGUUCGCACCAGCUCUUGACCACUUCAAAGAGAUUGAAUUUGUCUUCCCUGGCUCUAACCACAUUGUCAGUGGGAAAGAAAUUCUUGAUGAAUUGUCUGUAACUCUGAGCAAAAUCCAAGAGCAGGUGAUUGUUACUCUGAGGAAACUCGGGGCCAUCCAGCUGGAGGAUUUCAUUAAGAAUUACUCUGUGUUUGUGCAGUUUACCACAGAGCAAGGCGAAAAGCUUCUCCAGUAUCUAAAAACACCAAAUGUAGAGAACAUCUCCAGGUUUCUGAGUGAAAUGUACAGCGAUGCCAUGAACUCCCCUGCCCUGGCAGAUGUUGUCAGGCAGGUUAAUGAGUUCUGCAGGAUCAUUAUGAAAUAUCUAACCUCUGUGACCAAUCAACUCUACAGCAUUGUGGAUAGCACAACUUCUGAACAGCUUAGAACAGACAUCCUGACUUGGACAGAAUCAUCUGUAGAACGCGUCACCAUUUUCAACACUAGUGUCAUCCAGGUCCUCAAAGAAAAAACCAAAUGUGUUGACCAAUAUAUUAGAGUAGGUGACAGACAGAUAGAGGUUGACAUUCCCUUACCAAGCAUUGCCAGAUUCAGUUAAGAGACCAAGACAGCCAAAGAUAUGGAUGUCCAACAACUCAACAGUAAAAGUAUUGUCAAUAAAACCAAAGUGUUCCUAAUAAGCUGGUCUGUACUGUGUUUCCAUGUAAUUGUAUUAUUUCAUAGUAAACUAACAAUUGUUCUGAUCCCACUGUGUAUCCCUUGUGUCUUGUGCUAUUUAAAAAAAUGUGUGGUUAUCAAUAAAUAGAGUUUGCACUGCA